UUUCAACCUUGGGUCCGUGUUGCUGCUCCCAAAAGUCUAUCUUGCUUUUGGUCACGCUGUGGCUUGGUUCACCUCCAGCGUUAUCAUUUGAAAAAGAUCUUGCGGGAGUCCGUGUCCUCCACGUGCCGCUCCAGCAGAUCCCAGUAUUUAGUCUCGAGACGCCAUCAUUCCCUGCUCAAGGAAGUAAUCCGAUCACACAGCCGACCUACCCUCAGCGAAAAUGGUUCUCUCACUGUCCUACCGUCGCCCUGCCUAUGUCUCCUCCUCUCGCACUUCACUCGACUCGGAGAAGCCGACCGAGUCCAUCAGCUCCGGUUCCAGCUGCCAGUAUGGCAUCCCCGACGCUCUCUCAUUCGACAAGAUCAUCAGUGGAGGAACCUGCCCACCUGUGACUACCCGCGAAUUCAUGGAUUUUCUGCGCUAUAUCGAACACGAUGCCGAAAAUCUCCAGUUCUACCUGUGGCACCGCGAUUACUGCAAGCGUUUUGCCGAGCUCCCAGUGAGCGAGCAAAAGCUUUCACCAGAAUGGACCGCGGAGCAGGCAUUGGCAGAGAGAACCAAUGCUGAGAAGGAAAAACUUCCAAGGAAGGUCGCCAACAGCGCCGCAGCCGUCUUGAAAGGAACCGAUUUUGACCCCAAUGCCAAACUCGGCGCACCUGAGUCUGUUCCCAACCCGUUCAACACUCCCCCGAGGACGCCGUCGGCUACUGAUCGUGAGAGUGUCGCUCCGUCGACCGUCGGCUACAGUGAAGAUGGCACCACACUUCGGACUGGCGUCACUAACCAUAGCAAGAAAGCCGAGGCAGCCUUCGAAGAAGCUGGCACAUUGCAGCCUUUCACAAUCCAGCCGUUCCGCGAGGAGAUCUCCCGUAUCAUUGCCAUCUAUAUUGCCGACCCGAGUUCAAGAAUGCUCAAUUUGUCAUCGAAAGAGAGAGCCGUUGUUUUGAAAGCCCUGUCGGUCACCACUCACCCUUCAGCCUUUCGCGAUGUCAUUGCCACUGUUGAGUGGUCACUGCGACGACAAGCUCAUCCCAACUUCAUCCGAUGGACCAUCUGCAACGGAAACAAGCCAAGGCAAACUUUUGCUCGUGGUCUGGGUGUUGCUGGCAUUGUGGCUGGCAUCGUCUAUGCCAUCGUGAUCACCCUCAGUUCGGCCAACCGUGGCUGGAGAGCAUUGGCGUUCCUGGGUCUCUUCAUCGGCAUUGCUACCCUGUUUGCGGCCUGGAAGGGCAUGUGUGUGGUCUUGCAUGGCAUGCAUCACCGACAUCUCCGGCCAUGGGAACUUUUCAAUGACGACGACGAAGCUUCUUCUGAUUACACGCUGAACAAGGGUUCGUUCGAUAGCCUGGGAUCUAGCAACAGCUAUGAAGACUCUCCCUGGGUGGCCAAGUACGAGAAGCGUAACAUCAUCCGCAAGAUCUUCGACCGCGAAGUUUGGAUUCAGGAGCCUGCGCUUCGACAAAUUCAGGACACGAUCUUCAUCCAAGCUAUCCUCACCUCCUUUGUCAUCUCAGCAAUCAUAACCGCCAUUUUCUUAGCUGUGCCUCGUGGCAACUACUUUUGAAUGACUUUUCAGCAGCCUCGCCCGUGACAGGAAAAUUCCCUGCCGGGCUUGAAGAAUCAACGGAGAUACCCAUUUGCAACCUAAACUUAGGGAGGAUCGCGGGCGACUCCGGCCGCAUGUUCAGUGUUUUAUUUGUGAAGGACUGGGGCGGAUAGUAGGGAAAAUAGGACGGGCAAGAGCCGAUGCGGAAAUCAAACAUACUUCACUAAGAAUUUCCUCAAGUCACCAUAUCUCUGCUGAAGGCUGGCGCUGCCGCUGUGGAACAAAAAUAGUUGAAUCAAGAGUCGAGUCUCA